CCACAGAUCAACCCACUUCCGGUCCAAGAGUUUGUAAACAAUGAAAGAGGAUAUGGAGUCGUCAAGAGGUCUUACCUAAAAAUAUUGCUCUGUACAGGCCAUAAUAAAUGGAUAUUACAUGGCAUACCUGUAGAGCACACCCGUAAGUAUUAAACCAACCUGGACGUACCGGUUUUCAAGGACUCCCGCUCUUUUAAACGUCCUUCUUGUGUGUGUGAAAAUCGGACCGCUGGCUAGCGACGCGGUUGUUUUUCUACAUACUAGACAGACAUCAGACACAACGGCCUGCAGAAACGACGGACCAUAAACACAACCGAGGACUGGCGAGUCUUUCAAAGGCCACCUAGACGUGUUUCUGUCGUGUUUGUCGUGUGGCGCAGGCUCAGCUCGAUGGGGAACUGUCUGUCUUCUCAAGGCGCUGAUGAUCUGUCCCUGCUCAACGAGUCCGAGGGGGCGAGUCUGCCCGGAGAGCCUCCGCCGCCCUACCAGGAGCGGGCGCAGGUGCCAGUGUACCAUCCCACACCCAGUCAGACGCGGCUGGCCACGCAGCUGACGGAGGAGGAGCAGGUCCGUAUCGCUCAGCGCAUCGGCCUCAUCCAACACCUGCCCCGAGGGGUCUUCGACCCGGGCACAGAGCCAUCCGACAAGAAGAUCAAAGAGUGUGUGAUCUGCAUGAUGGACUUUGAGUACGGCGACCUGAUCCGGUUCCUGCCCUGCAUGCACAUCUAUCACGUGGACUGCAUUGAUGCCUGGCUCAUGCGCUCCUUCACUUGCCCUUCCUGUAUGGAGCCCGUCGACGCUGCGCUGCUGUCUUCCUACGAGACGAACUGAGAGUGUCUGCGGCAAAACAGAGAGACGUGCCAAUGAGUCUGCCAAGAGCCCCGAAAUUUCUGGGACGGUAGAUUGAACAAAUGAAGGUGGUGUGACUCUGUGUCUGUGCAGAGACUGUAAAAAUGUCCAGUGCUAAACAAUAAAACCCCCUGGAAGGAUGUUUAAAACCUCUCACUUGCAUGUAAAAGCGCUUUUCGAAUACAUAUACAUGUAAUUGAUGUAAAUGUUUCAGUGAAGCAUCUCUAAUGAAGAUAGAGCGUUUCAAAAGCAAAUUCAAAUUAGUAAAUUAUACCUUUUUUCCCCUUUUCGUUCUAACCAAAUUUGUGAAAUGUGCAAUAUAUAUGCGAGAGGGACUCAUGUCGUUCUGAUUGGAUGAUAAACCCGCCCAUCACCAAAAUUCGGCCAAUGAGAUCAUCCCUUCCUGAAUUUGACAAGUCUAGAGGGCGGAGUUUCAAUUCUGCAGGCUGUGAAUGUCACAAUUAGAUUGCUGAAAAACCUUCAUUACGUUAAAGAAACCUAAUAAACAAGAAAACAUGUGCCAUGAUAAUGUUUAAGCUCGUGAUGCACUAACUGGUGUUUGAGGUGGUAGUUUUACAUACUUUUUCUAUAAUUUUCUCCAAUCUCUUUCCUCGAUCACUACGGAUGGGUCGUGAUGAGGUUGUUUAGUGGUAGUUUUGCCUUGUCAGCUGCUGUUUUCCAGAUUCUGGGAUGUAAGUUGCCUUUUAACACUGGUAUUGGAUCAUCUUUCCCCUAACUGCUUGUUUUUGGUUUUACAUGUUGGAUCCUGUUUGUCCCCACUUAGCUUUGCUAUGCCUGUUCUUAUUGGAUAGAACCGUGGGGAUCGUCUCCAGUAGUUUUCUUUCUUUAUCUUGGAAGAGAAUAUUAGUGAUGCAAUCACCAAACUUUGUGCACCUUUCAAAUGUUGCAGACUUAAAGUCAGCCUUUAUAGUGGAAGCUUUAAAUUUAUUCCUUGUUGUUGUUGUUGUUGUUUUUUGAACAUGGUAAAAAAUUUAAUGGAAAAAAGCAGUACAUGUUAUGUCUUAAGUCUUCUGUAUGUUAGCUGAAUAUAUGAUCUUAAACCCUUCACAGUUUGAACUGCUUUCAAAAUAAAAUAACUAAACACGCUUGUUGGUGCCAUGUUAAUGUAAGUUUGUCAGCAAUAACAUUAGCAGGCAUACUUAAAAUGACAUGUUUCGUUUAUGUGCAAUAAUGGCACAAGAACAGUAUUAUAAUACAAUAAAGGUUGCCAAAUUCUUCCAUUUCUA